AUGUCCUCACCAGCAACAGUAAUCGAACAGAUUUUGAAACUCUCACCGAACGUUCAAGGACAAGCCAUAUCCACCCGCCCCGCUUUCAUACUUGCAGGACCGCCUGGUUCCGACACGUCUGCAUUCGCUGAACGAUUUGCCAGGGACAAUUUCUGUGAAUAUCUAUCACCAUGUCAUUACAUGCAUAAACUCAUCACUGAAAAGGACAAUACGGAUCCGCUGAGAAAUGAAGUGGCUGGAUAUCUCUUGUCAGGCCAGGAAGUGCCGAAUGAAGUCGUGCUCAAGUGUUUGGAUGCCGCUAUUAAUUCAGAGGAGGCGAAAUCUAGAGGAUUUGUAUUGGAAGGCCUCUCUCAACUUGAAAACGACGGUGACGUGCUCCGGCGUCUGAUAGAAAACAGUCUGGCACCAACACACACCGCCAUUCUUAUCGAACUGCAAAUGACUAGAGAGGAUUCAUCGGUGCGGCUUGUAAACCAGUACACGGAUUAUGAGACUGGCGUGUCGUACACUGUUACCCAAGUGGAAAAGUCACGGGCGGCGAUUGCUAGUCGGCCUGUACCCAAAGACGGUGAAGGUGAUGAGGAAGCUGAGGAAGAAGCAGCGGCAGACCCUGAACCUGUAGAGGAUGAGAUAGCUGAGGAUGAAGAACUGGAUGAGAAUGGAGAACCUAUAAGACGAUACGUAAAGAAGCAGCCGCCGCUGAUACCUCUCACUGUGAAUGGGCCGGAACUGGAGUUGUUGUCGCAGGAUAUUCUGAAUAGACUCGUCACAAACCCCCAAUUCUCACAACAAGAAGUCGACAAAGAUUGGGAUUCAUACGAGAAAUUCCAAAUCGGGCUCCGUAGCGUAUAUAAAACACUUGGAGUCAUGCGAACCAUCAAGGCCGAUGCAUCACAGCAUCCAGAUGUCCUAUCCAACGAUGUUUUGGACAGGCUCGCAACUGUAGAUUGGACAUUGUCGCAUCGUGCACCGCCAUGUAUUCGUAUUGGGGAUGCUACUCUUACAGGAGGUCUGAGUAUGCCAGAAGCCAAGGCCAAACUCGAAAUCUUGGAUCUAGUCGAAGGAGAAGCACCACGGGAUUGGAGUGACUGGCGACAUUUUUGUCCAGUGGCAUUUUCAGAAACUGAUGAGCUUGUUGCUGGACAGGUUGUCAUUACGGCUGUUUACAAGGGAUCUUUAUACUUCUUCUCAACUGAAGAACGCAUCAACAAAUUCAUAGCAAAUCCAGAAAGAUAUCUCGCUACACCUCCUCGUUUACGUGCAGUCAAGAUCUGUAUCUUGGGAGGUCCAAUGUCUGGUAAAACCACACAAGCAGACUUGCUCUCGAAACUGUAUUCAGCAAAACGUAUCAAUGUGGACUCGAUCUUAUCUUCUUGGGACUUGAAUCGAGAUCAGGCUGGUCUGAGGAGCAAGAUACCUGUUUACGACAAGAUUGUGGUGACAUGUCAGAAGGGACAACCAGUCACAACUGAGCAAAUGGUGGAAGUUGUGCAAUGGGCUAUAGCUGAAGAAUCACCAACACGGAAUGGAUGGAUUUUGGAUGGUUUCCCGUAUACUAUAGAUCAGGCGAAUGCUCUUGUUGCUGCUGGUAUCAAAGCCGAUUUUGUGGUUACUCUUCAAAGUGACGCCAAGGACGAAAACGUAAUCGCCAGAGCCGCCGCCAAACAAAUAGAUUGGAGAACAGGUCUAGCAAGUAAAGAGAUAUCAACAGAUCCAACAGCCAUUGCGGCAUAUCCAAACCUAGUAGACUUGUAUGGAUCUGCUGAUGUAGAGAAUCAUGAGAUUACAAAGAUUCUUGCUGAAAAGUCGUUUUCGGCACCAACUGACGAUGUGGUGUCGACUUGUAGUUUUAUUCGACGACUUAUUGAUCCUUUCGUGCCUCAAGCUGUUGUGGCAGCUGAACCAAUCCCAGAAUUCGCAAUUAUGGGUCCAUCUAAAGAUUAUUGUCCAGUUCGAUUAGCAAAGGACAAGGUCCUUGUGAGAGGAAAUAGGAACUUUGGAGUCAAGUGGCAGUCAUUAUACUUUUACUGCUCGACAAGUCAAGCCCAAAAGGAAUUUCUCGCCAAUCCAGUGCUGUUUGCUUUUGCACCUUGUACGACACCACCGCCGAGGAUUGUGUUUAUGGGAGCUCGUGGUUCUGGCAAGAACACCGUCGCAUCAGAGUUACUAUCACCAUUCAAGGUUCCCAUCGUAUCAAUGUCUGAUUUAAUUAACGAGUACAUGCAGUCCCAGACAGAAGAAUCAAAAGCCAGGAUCACUGAACAAGGAGAUCCUCAAGUCGCUCUUCCUACUGCAACCGUUAUCGAACUUGUUAGGAAUUUGUUUACUUCUGAGCCCCACCAAUCACAAGGCUUUGGUCUUAAAGGCUUUCCCCGAAACAAGGCUGACACGGAAGCCCUCUUCGCAGCAGGCUUAUAUCCAGAUGCGUUCGUCCAUUUACGUAUUGAUGCAGAGACAUCAGCACAACGGAUGGUGAAUGCACGAAGGGGAGAACCGAUUAUGAGUGCUGAUGACGAAGCUGCGUGGAGGGAUGAGUUAGUUGCUAGCGCCGACAAUGAAUUGGCAUCUAUCGCAGAUUCAGUAGCUACCAUCGAACCUUAUAAUGUGUUGGUGAUUGAUACUGAUGGGGGUCGUCCUCUUCGACCGUUGUUGGCUACGUUAAGGAACGAGCUGAGGACGUUCUUGGAAUGUCGGUCAAGCUUAUUGACCAAUGUGGUGCCACUGGAUUCGGUCAUUGCAGAAGGAUUCUUGUCUGCAGGAUUGAAGAGUUUCAGUCCGUAUGGGCAAUACUGUCCUGUCACAAUGACCAAGAGUAGAAUCGUAACUGCUCAAAUCUUUGGUAAAAUGCCAGCUAUGACUGGAGAUUACGUAUAUUACCUUGCCGAUGAGAGUGCAUUGCAGGAGUUUUCCAUCAACGCCCAAAAGUACAUCUCAUCACCACCCAUAAAACCAGCUGUACGACCAAUCAUCAGCGUCAUUGGCCGUCCGAAGUCCGGCAAGACGGCUUUAUCACGUCGCCUAGCAGGUGAUUUAGGAAUGACAUAUGUAGACAUCCCAGCUGCUGUAUCGAGUCUGUUGGAAGACAAUCGCCAACCACUGCUAGCGCUCAAAAUCAAGGAUAUCUUAUUGUCUGGACAAUCUGUGCCGUCUGAUUUAGCUGCUCAAGCGAUUGUACGUGUCCUCUCACGGAUAUCAUGUCAAUCUCAUGGUGUAGUGCUAGACAAUUUCCCAAGUAGCGUGAAGGAGGCGGAACUGCUGGAAAAGUGUGGUCUAGUGCCGCAAACAUUCUUUGAAAUGAACGUAUCUGAAUCCGAAAUGAUGAACCGCACACGAGCUGAUUAUGACGUUGAGGUGUCUCAAGAGCCGUUUGCAGGUGCUUCUGUACCAGGGAUUGUAAAGGCACAGGAUGCGGUAAAUCAGUCUAAUAUGAGUGAACUGAGACAAUGGGUUGCAAACUCAUAUCAUGGAUGGGAAAUCAUGGACGGAGCAAGAUCUAAAUGGGCACUUGCAACAGACGCAACCAAAACAAUUGAAAGGGCUAUUGAACGACGCCAAGUAUAUCUCCUUGGCAUAUACAAUCAUCGCGCCGUCAGUGUAGAUGCUAGUGGUAUAGACUCGAAACAUAUGGAUACUCAUAUGGGUGUAUUUGGAGAUUUCUGUCCAGUUUGUCUCGUAGAUCGUGAUGAGCUUGUACCUGGCUCUCACGGUACGAGUAACAUGGCAGAGUAUGAGGGGUAUUAUUACAGGAUGGCUGGUGCUGAUGAGUUGGGAGCGUUUUUGAAGGAUCCGACACGGUAUACCGAAUCGGGCAAGACGCUGCCGGCGUCGCUGCCUGUUAGACGUAGUAUAGCUGAAGUGAGGAAUCAGUUUCCAAAGCAGGUUGAAUUGCAGGGGUAUUGUCCUGUUACGCUUACGGAGGGGCCUACAGGACCUGCAAGUGUAGUACCAGGCGAAUCAGCAUAUACCGUCGAAUGGAACUCGAAACUCUACCAAAUGGCCAACGAAUCCCAAACUCUCAAAUUCAUUAAAUCUCCCUGGCGCUACACUUCCGCAACCCUCCCAGCAGUUCUCCCACCGCGUAAAGUCCAAAUCCCAGUAACAUCCCUUCCUCUCGUCGGAUACCUCGAACAUACAGUCUCAACAGCUCUAACAGACGCACUCGGAGCAGUCGGCAAACUACGCCCCAAAUACCCAUUCAAGAGCAUGUCUAAAUCAGCAAACCAGUACAUGGGACUGUACUUAAAAGCACAUAAUCCGAAAUCAAAGGCUUGGGUGCUUGAGAGGCAGAUGAAAAAGUUGAAGGUGUUUGAAGGGGAGUGUGCGCUUGUUGAGCAGGUUCGAGGGGGUGUUACGGAGAGUUAUAAGGAUGCGAGUGGAGAGGUUGAGGUCAAGUUGGACAAGUUUUUUGGAUUGAGGAAUCAUUCGGCUGCUAUGUAA